UGUGAGUAUCCUCCCUCACCCGAAGGAAUCCCCUGCCUCGAUUUCUCCAGUCUAGGGUGUGCCGUUUUCGACUGAAUCCGUCUGUCUCCGGUGCUCUGCUGCCGCAGGGCGUCGGAGUGCUCGAGGGACUACGACGGGGCGAGCCCGCAGAUGCGCAUGUCCUACAGCCCCGCCGCGCACAUCUUCCUCUUCUUCCUUCUCCUGCAGCCUCGCCGGCGCGCUCCGCCUCCUCAGGAUCCCCAUCUACUGUACAAGGUUUAUGUGGACGGCACCACACCACAACCAUGUCCACCCCACCAAAGGAAAGCCGGCCAGCAUCAAGGAAUUCUACGCUGUGAUGUUGCCCUCACCCCCUCCCUCAUGCAACUGGAACACGGGGUCAGCGGCACCGACGACCGGAGGCAGAGGGCGGUGUGCUCGCAGAGGUACAUGAGGAGAGAUGGCUAGGGGGCGGGGAGCAAGAGGCCGGUCUCCGAGAUCGAUGCCGGGGUAGAAGAGGAGUGUGGGGUCUGCAUGGAGUUAAACAGCAGGGCUGUGCUGCCCAACUGCAUCCACGAUAUGUGCAUCAAGUGCUCCCGUCAAUGCAUGCUAUUCCAAGCUGGUGGAGGCAUCAUCUGACCGAGUGCGAAGACAAGUUACCAGCAACAAAUGCAUAGAAGAAGAACGCACCAGCCGGUACCUGGUUUGCUACCAAUUUUGGAAGCAACUAAUCCUGAGUCAUCUGUGAUAUAACCAUGACCGACGUCGGUGGUGUUGUUGCUGUUGUUGUUCAGACAUUGUGACACGUUUAUUUAGGUGCCAAAAAAGUACUACUUCAUAUUGGUAUACUCCUAUAUAACAAGAAGGUCGAGGGUUUUGUUGCGA